CGUCCACCCUGUCGUCCUCUCACCCUAAUCUCCUCCAACCCGCCGUCGACUCCGUCGCCCCAACCGUCCACCCUCCCCAGGCUCGGUCUCCAGAUAUGCAGGUAGACGACCUCCCCUGGCCGGAGCUUGGUAACGUCUCCCGUGGCGCGACGCGCGGCAACCAAGGGCAGAAGGGCGCCCUUGGUCCUCCCGACGCGGACGGCCGUUGUGUCCUCCAACUCCGCGUCCAACCAGGCGUCCUCUCCGUCAAGCUCAAUCGCAAGUCCUCCGAAUGGUAUCGCACGCUCGACAGCGAGGUCAACCGCGCCCUCAAGCUCACAAAGACCUACUGGCGCAAGGCACGUAGACGGCAGGACUAUGACGCGAGGGCGGACCAGGACCAUAUGGAAUUGCAUGAGUGGCUUCAGCAACUCAAAGACAAGACCAUGUCCCAUCUCGAAGUUCUCAUGCAAAAGGGCGAUAUUCAGGGUCCGCCAUACGUCAUGCCAGACGACAUCGAGCUUUCGUUCCUCCGCAAGUUCAUCGAACGACAUAACGCCGGUAUUCCUCACAACCCGCGUCUUCGCCAUCUCGGGCCUGGCGCUGCACCAAUUCCGCCUCCGGACGACUCGAUGGAUUUGUCGAUGGCGGAGCUGUCAGACGGAGGGAAUGGAUAUUCGUCGGCGAUUGUCAACCAACAAGUUGCACGCUUCCAGCCAGAAAGCAUUUCGAGCGUAUCGAGCCCAAAAUAUAACAAUCAAUCGCCCGCUACUUCCAAUCGUGCCCACCUGCUACGCACAAUGACCUCGUCACCAGCGACGGCAACCUACGAGCAGCUCGUGCAAGAUGCACAGACCUCGGGCCAGUUCCUUCAGGACUCCCGGACUGCGCUCAGUCGCGCGCAGGCACAGACUCAGGAGGCGUUCCAACGGUAUACUGCAUGUCUCGAGGCCGAAAACCGCGCACGGCGAGACGUCGCCAACGCGGAAUCGCACCGCGACGAAAUUAUGGCCGCCCUGAUUUCUCGCGCGCAGGGUGGCGGCGCACAGGGACCCCCACAAGUGUAUUCACGACAGCCCUCGUUACCCCAUGAAGACCCAUCUGGUGCAUCUGUCCCACCAGAGUAUCAUCAUAUGGCUGAACGGCGACAGUCGGCGGACGAGAUGAUGGUCCCAACGCAGCACACGCACACGCCCAAGCCGCCAGAAUGGCGAACUUCAGAACUCACCUCCGCGUACGGCGCGGCGGGGCUCGACAUGCAGCAGCAGUCGGAGAUGCGCUCGUCCAGAGACCCGGGCCCCACCACCACCAACACGCACACCUACAACAGUCAAGAGCGCAAACACUCGCGGAGCUGGGAGCAGCAGCAGCAGCCGCAUCCGGGGGCGUCUGGCCAAGUUGAUGUCGGUAGUUUCCAAGAUGAUCUUUCACUCCUACCCCCGCGCAAGCGACCACAUCAUAUGGUAGAGCGGAUCAACGUCCUCGGCCCCGCCCCACACCACCACCAACACCACCACCCGCACCACCCACACCACCACGUCACCCCGCUCAUGUCCCUGCCUUAAUUGUCACAGUGGCGCUCAAUCUGAGAAGCAUCGAGUAGGCGGAACAUUUGUCUAUACCUAGCGUUAUCUCCCUCUUGGAUGGACUGGUCGGUGGAACGUUUUUGGCUUGUUACGGGUUUUUUGGAUAUCAUUUUUCUUCACUCUCUUUCCUCACGCACACCCUCCAUGAACUCGCGCGCACCUCCCCUAUUAUUGUGCCGCUAUCUCUGUAAAGCACACCUCACGCUUACCCGCAUCGUUCUUGCUUGCUUACUGCUCCUCACUCUGUCUCCCCGUUAUCAUCUCGUUCCUGUAUCGCUCGCCCC